AUGAGUGUUGUUACCAACCUGUCAAAGAAGACGUUAACUGAUGCUCAGAUAUCCCUGCUGUCGAAAGGACUGAAGUUCAUACCGACUAGAGAAACAAUAGACAAAGGAAAAUUACUUACAGACUUGUCAGCGUGGGAACGCCGUAUGCGCUUAAAACAAUAUUUCUAUUCAGAAGACGCUGAACAUAGAACCAGGGAAGAUGAGCAUCAAUACAAAAAGAAGACCUCGACGUGGACUCCAAAGGCUGGCCGCGACAAAUGGCUGGACACAUAUAUACAAGCGGUCAAAGACGACAUCAUUUGCGGAUUAAAACGAAAAUUUAAAUAUAAUCUAAGCAAAGCGGAAGAACAGGCAAUCAAAGAAUUACUCCACGACGAUGACAUAGUAAUUCGCCCUGCCGACAAGGGGUCGGGGAUAGUGAUAAUGGACAGGGAAGACUUUGUCAAGAAGCUGAAGUGUGAAAUGUCGGACAGUCAGACAUACGUCGCGGUGACGGAUGAUAAAACAAGGAUUGUGGAAAACAAAGUGAAGAAAGUGGCCGAUACCCUAUACAAGAAGGGGUCGAUCGACAGUGACCUUAAAAGGUAUCUCACCAGCGGCGGUGGAACUUCCGGUAAGCUUCAGGGCAACCCGAAACUUCAUAAACCUGGGAUGCCUCUCCGCACUAUUGUAAACGGCCGCAAUCACCCGACAGAGAAGAUGGCGGAAAUAGUGGAGAAUGAAUUACGCAAUCAUGUGACGUCACUUCCGUCCGUACCAAGAGAAGAAGCCCGUGCUGCAGUAUUUGAAGCUCUCAAUCGGCGAGUGCAACCGGAAGUACCAACCAACGACAUGAUCACAAUGAUGGACACUGUUCUAAAUAACAACACCAUUUCAUUCAAUGGAGACCACUACAUGCAAAAUGAAGGAACUGCUAUAGGAUCGCACUUAGGAAUGAAUUACGCAUCGACCUACAUGGGAGCCUGGGAGACAGAGUUAUUUUCAAAAUCAAGUAAACAUCCAAUAGCCUACUUCCGGUUUGUUGAUGAUGUUUGGGGCUUGUGGACACAUGGUUUGGAGGCACUAAAGACAUUCCAUGCGGUUGCAAGUGAAAUCCAUCCACGAAUACAGCUUGAGCUCCGUUACUCCACAGAGCAGCUCGAAUUUCUAGACACCAUGACGUCUAUUCGAAAAGGAAGGCUGGUUUCAGACCUAUAUACCAAACCAACAGAUCGGCACCUCUACCUGCACAUGGACUCGUCGCAUACCGAGUCUACGAAGAAGGCCAUUCCGUACGGCUUAGGGGUGAGGCUGAAAAGAAUAUGUUCGGAAGAGACGGACUACAAAAAACACAGAGAUGAGAUAAAAGAGCAACUACAGAAGCGAGGAUACAAUGGCCGAUUCUUCGAGACAGAGCUGAAGAAAGUUGAUAGCAAGAAGCGAGAAAAUCUGCUGCAUACGAAAGUGCCUUCAAAAAAAAUAAAUAGCGAAAGAAAUCAGUUCUAG